AUGUUCAUGACCCUCGGCUUCAGGUUUAGGCCCACCAGCCGAUGUCGAUGUGCCGGAUUGGCGUCCUCUAAAGACUGCAAGCUGCAUUACAUGUAUGGCCUGGAGUUUUGCGCCAGCGUCGUGGGUUGCAUGUUCUCGAUUUUCCGCUGUAUGAUCAGCGAAUGUACCACCAAAGGUGGCAGAUCGCUGACCAUGAUUUUUAGCGACGGCAUUGGCCUGGAAUUCGACAUGUUCUAUGCCGUUUCCAUGGUGGUCGUGCUCUUUGGCCUUUUCAACAUCAUUACGGCGAUUUUCGUUGAGGCGACGUUGAAUGGCUUGAAAGAGAACGAGGUCCAGCGAAAAUAUGCGAAGGCCUACGAAUCGAACUACAUGACCGAACAGCUCGCAAAGCUGGUCAUGACUGUCUCCACCCAAGUGCAGAAGCUGCGGAGCAGGACAUCUUUGCCUGGCUUACAAUUCAGCAACAGGAGCGUGGGUAACAGGCAGGAAAACGCGCUGCAAGAUGGCGAGAUCUACCUGAGUGAAGAGGAGUUUAAUCAACUCGUACGGCAUCCAGAUGUCAGACUGAUUCUAAACGACCUGGACGUGAGUGUUGAGCCAAGACCAGGCAUUUUUGAAGCCUUCCAUACUGAUGCUCGGUGGAACUUUUUGGAAAGGCUCCCCGUGGCCAGGGUUUGA